AUGGCGGAGGACGAAGACGGUGUUUCGGAUAAAAAAUCACCUCAAAAUUCGAAUAAUGCUAAAACUCCGCAAGACAACCAACAAAAUUCGAAGAAGCCGGACUUAGGAAUUGAAGAAGCCAAGUAUGACGUCAAGGAAAAUGGAGAUAGCGGGCCGUCGGAGCCCGUUAGUUCAUCAUCAAAAUCUACAGGUGCGAUGCGUAAAGAGGAGAAUCCAUUUUCAUUUCGCCACUUUCUAAAGCGAGAUCUGUCUCUACCCGGCAAUUCAACAUACGAAAACACCGGAGCGCGACCGAAAGUAUACGCUAACACAGUGCAGCAUUCACCGACUAAAAUAGAUCUUCACACGGAACCGAAAAAAGAGAAAACUCGUCCGAGUGAAAUCCAAGCCAAAGAUAAACAAAUUGAGGGUGUCAACCAUCGUAACAGUGAUGAUACGUCUUCUAGUAGUUCUGUAGAAAUAGAGAUUCCUUUUAGUGUAGUGUAUAAUUCAGACUCUAAGCAUAAUCUCUACGCGGACAGUUCCGACGGACCAUUCUUUAACAGGCCGAAUAUAGCCUCGGAACCAUUAGGUAUGCCGUCGCUUCCAGACUUCGUUCAAGACCACAUUCUAGUAGAGCAGGCUUAUCUGAACUCAAACGGCCCUAUAUCAGUAGAUUUAGAUAAUUUACCAGAUUUUACUUUCAACACUAAUUACAAUGCCGGUUCAUCGUCAUUGGGAAGACGGAAUAAAAAUGGUUAUAACGGAAACAGAGGCUACAAUGAUUAUAAUGCGUACAUGGGAGUGGCUUCGACCUCCGCUGAUUCGGGACCAUCAAAUCGUAAUAUUCCUCUCGACCUACCCACGGGGGCCGAGGCUUCAGGUCCAAAGCCUGUAGUCGGAUGGAUUCCCCCACAUCUCAUUCUGGAUGUAACAGAAUCUGUUAAUUCCGCCGACCGAAGAAAUGUAUCUCCGAGAAACAGCUUCCCAUUGGACCUGCCGCCCAAUGCUGGUGCCGAGUCUAUGAGGCUUCCUGAUUUCCUCCCCGUCCAUCCUGGAAGGACCUCUCCUGAACCGGAGCAUCAAGAUGAACAACUCACACAGAUCAUAGCUGAACUAGAACGCACCAGAUCGGAGCUGUUCACGGAGCGCAGUCGCCGCUCGCACGCGGAGGAGGAUGCACGCGAGUCGCGAGCCGCGGUUGCUGCGUUGAGGGCUGAGCUGAACGCGGCGCGCGCUCGCCUCAGUGACGUCAGACACGCCGACAGACAGUACGCGGGACAACUAGAGGCGGCCGCGCAACGAGUCGAGAACAACCUCAUUGAUACUGCUGCCAGAGCAACAGAGGCAGAGAGUGUUGUGACGAAGUUAAAGAAUGAAAUUAAACGGUUAAAAGAGGAGUUAGCAUCUUCUCAAGAGGAGGUUCGUCAGCUGAGGAGUUCGCAAAGUGACGCGGCCGCUCACCUGCGACAGGCGACCAAUGUAGCGGACACUUCACUAAGGUUCAUACUUGAAACAUACAUAAAUACUCUAUAUUUGUCCUAG